AAUUGAAAGUAAGAAACUACUUCAGUGGCAUGAACAAUGAAGCAGUUAUCAUCACUUAUCACAUAAUUAUUAAAUAGACGGCAGGAUGCUCGUUGAUGCGCCGUGUUCCAAUGUAAAUUUGUCUUCGAUGGCCCUCGAUGCUUAAUUUCACUUACUAAGCAUUUUUUUUUCUUUAAAAAAAAAAAUUGUCGUCGUCGUUUCUAUUUUACCGCUACCUAAUUUCAUGUUCCUUUGUCAAAAAUGAGUUUUCUUAAAUAUCUAAACACUUUUUUAUUACUUUUUUUAUGUUCGUUAUCAAGUUAUACGCAGUGUUAUAGUUUUAACGAUUUAAUUUUAAGCAACGUGUCUAAAUGCCGUUUAAAUCCUGCGCCUACUUCUUUAUGUGUAUUGGAAACAAAUUGCUCCAGCUCCGACAGCAAUGAAAAUUCAACGUGUCUGUCCUUCAUUCAUUUACUCAGUCAACAAGCGGACUCAUUUCAAAGUAAACUCAAGCUGGACAGUAUGUACGUUUGGAUAUAUUCGUUAGGAUCGGCGUUUUUCAUCAGUUUGGCGGGAAUAUGGGGUUAUAUUCUGCUUCCGCUGAUCACCGGCGAGUAUCGCGAACACGUCAUGAACGUACUGGUAGGAUUAAGUUUCGGAUCUCUCAUUACAUCUUCAUUGUGCCAACUUAUUCCAGAGGCGUACGAAUUGUCCUCGUCCUCUAACAAGUACCUUGAAAUCGCGAUUUUUUCCAUGCUCGGAUUAUGGAUUACGUCGUUGGCGCAAAGUUUAGCCACUAUUAUAGGAGACGACUCGCAAGAAAGCAUAACAAACAGAGCGGAUUCUAUAAAAAAAUCACCAAACGAGACGACCAACAAAUUCGACGAACAACCUCUAAACGAGAAAACAAAUAACGGUUACCCUAUGUAUCCGCAAGAAAGUAAUCAAGAAGUGGCGCCACCGACCGAUGGCUCAAAAAUGAGUGUCGAAAUGAGAAGAUCGACGCUUUUUCAUCGAAGCAGUUUCGCCAGCAUAAAAUCAAAUGCCAAAUUAUCGAAAUUAGCCAUCGUUAUAUUAGCUGGAGACUGUAUGAAUAACUUCAUGGAUGGAAUAUCAAUCGGCGCUGGAUACUCGUUUCAUUUGUCGACCGGGAUCAAAUUAUCAACAGCGAUCGCGUUUGAAGAAUAUACUCAUAAAUUAGGAGACUUUGCAAUUGUAUAUCAAUCUGGCAUAUCAAUGAAACGAGUACUAUUUUGGAAUUACAGCACAUCGUGCGCUUGUUUCGUAGGAGUAGUGAUAGGAAUAGCGUUGGGAAAUCUUCAAUGGUCUCAGUACAUAUUUUCAUUUGCUAGCGGAUUAUUUUUGUACAUAGCUCUCUCAAAUAUGAUACCAGAAUUACAGAACAUGCUGAACGACAGCUUGAAAAAAAGUAAAAAAUCGGCGUUGAUAUCGUUACUCGAACAACACGUUGGAUUUAUUUUAGCAUUCGGAGUAUUAAUUGCAACGUCCGUUUUGCUCAAUGUUAACCAAAAUUCUGGACACUGAGAAACUGAAAUACUAUAUAGGUUAGGUAUCUAUCGGUUAUUAUGUCUACCUGUACCUACCUAUUUGUUGUCUGUGUUACCAUUUUGUUGUAUAGACCGUGUAUGUAUUUGUAAAUAUAAACGUAGAUUUAGCUAUGUAAUGUGCCUAUAUCUUAUGUAAUUCCGUCUGAUUAUUUAUUGACAUCGAUCGUAGUAGGCCAACAUAUAGUAAGUAAAGUAGAUUCAACAACGUUGAUACCUACCUACAACGACCUUUCUAGAUACUUUUUAUUCUAAUCUAAAAAACGUCACCAAAGUCACCGGCUUGAAGGAUAAUAUCAGACGUUGGAGAAAUACAGCGCAGCAUAAAUGUAUAAAUUCUGUGUGAAAAUCUAUCAGUCAUUUUGUGAUAAUAACCGAAGCGUACUAUAAAUCGGCCUAAUUAAUUAAUAAAUAAAUAAAUCGCUAAUAGUUGUGCCAUUGAAUAGCACACUGUACACAGCGUUCCGGUACAUGGUUAUGGCAAAUCAUAACAGUAAAAUUUGCAGUUUUUUGAAAUUGUUUUGUAUCGUACAUAUUGUAAAUUAAAUUUUUGCGAUUCAAUAA